ACUGAUCAGCUGUGUAGUGUUGUGUCAUUGUCAAAUCAAAAUUUUUAUUAUUUCUUGAAGAAAUCGUUCAAAAAUACCCAGAAAAUGUCGAUUGGAAAAAUAUUAGCGCUUGAUAAAGUAGCGACGUUCUUCAAUAUUAUCCGCCAAAAUGGUGGCAUAAGAGCUUCUCUUUACAAACUUUACAGACAGGACGAGCUGAAGGACGGAGUUCUAGUUGGCGAGGACAAAUAUGGAAACAAGUACUAUGAGAACCCUCGGUUCUUCUACGGCCGGAACCGUUGGGUGGAGUACUCCGACAACUAUAACAUGAAUUAUGAUGGCAGUCAGAUCCCAGCUGAAUGGUUUGGUUGGAUGCAUUACAAGACCGAUCUACCACCGCACCAGGAUCCCAGCAGACCUCAUUACAAAUGGAUGAGUGACUUCACAGAGAACUUAUCGGGUACCACCGGCCAGUAUACUCCAUACAGCACCACCAGACCCAAGGUUGAGGCAUGGGUGCCAAAGCCGAAGACUAGCCAGUAAUUGAAAUUACCACACGCUUAUUCUGUUAUGUACUAAAAAUCUAAAUCUAUCUCUAAAAGUCUUUUGUUUUAAAAAAUCUUUAUUGUACAUAAUUUAUAUUCGACUUAUUAAAUGAUUUAAUUACAAUGGCAGAUUUAUCCCAUAAAGGGAUCUCUUACAGUCAACCUUUGAGAAGCUGAAAGAAAACUGUAGAAGGUUCAAGGGUAAAAAUAUAAUUCUCUAAAAAUUUAAAUUUAUCUGUAAAAUAUAUUAUAUAUAUAUAUAUAUAUAUAUAUAUAUAUAUAUAUAUAUAUAUAUAUAUAUAUAUAUAUAUAUAUAUAUAUAUAUAUAUAAAACGUCUGUUUGUCUAUUAUAAAGACAUGUUUACUAUGGGUAGGGUAGACAAAGUAAUUACAUUUCAGAACUACACAAUACUGUUUGUUUCAAUGACCUAGUUUUAAGUAGAAAAUUAAAUAAAACUAUUUAUAAAAUUAUAUAA